AUUCUUAGUUAUACUUUUUCAAGAUGAGUAUUCUAAAUUUGCUUAUAAUAUUUUAUCUCCACGUGUUAUGCUCACAGGGUAGUGCCCAUCCUUUGGAUACUAUAAUAUUAAAGGAAAAUGUAACAACCAAUUUUUUGGACCUUUAUAUACCAACUGUGAACUCAAAUAAUGAGAUUUGCAAACGACAUAGCUUGUUUGUUGCCGAAGAAGUCAAGAAAUAUACGCUUUGGGCUACAGAAAUGUUAGAUUCAACCACAAAAUUUCCCAGUGGCUUUCUUGAUGGUACAAAUUACGAUUUCGGAAACUUCGACGAAUGUAUCAAAGUAAAGGCUCCACAUCCUGAGGAUCAGUUUUACGGAAAAUAUUGUUUGGUGAGAUUUACUUUGAAGCCACCUUUAUCUAGAAAUCUGAAGUCUGAAAAUGAUACAAAUAUACGCCAUUCUAAUUUAACGAUGUGGACUAAAAUUGAUGAUUAUCUCAAAGAUCCGUCGAGGAAUCCUCGUAACGUGAUUCCUUUCGCAUUUUGCAUUCCGUCCAGCUGCACCAACUUAGACUUGCAGAAAAGUCUGAUGGAAGUUGCCAGCAAUUUUAAUGAACAAGUUCAAUUUCUAGUAGAUGUGGAGGUUGAUAAACUUACUUGCCAAGUUCAAACUUAUAAUUCGAAACUGGAUUCUGGAGACGUUUUGUUUAUAUUAGUCAUUGCAGUGGCAAUUUGCAAUACUGUUAUUGGUUCUUUAUACUAUUAUUUUGCGACGAGAAUCAAUGGCAGAAAAUUUAUUUGCACCGGUACUUUACACCAAAUUUUGCUAUGUUUUUCUAUUCAAAUUAACAUGAAAAAACUGACAUCAGCUAGUAAUAAUGCCGAUGGUUUAAACUGCACAGCUGGGAUGAAAGUGUUUUCAAUGAUUUUAAUUAUUUUCAUCCACAGAAGUACCUUCGAUUUUGGUGCAGAUAUUAGUAAUCCAGAAUAUGUAGAGCAGAUGUACUCCAAGUUUUGGAUGUCGUUUGUUCUAAACGGACCGAUAUUGGUAGACACGUUUUUUACUAUAUCUGGAUUCUUAGCUGCAUAUUUUGCUUUACUCUCCUACCAGAAGUUAAAAGACAAUUCUAUUAUCAUUAAAUUAUAUGUACAUCGUUACAUAAGAAUGACAUCUACCUACAUUAUCAUAUUGGCAUUUUACUGUACUUUAUUUGUCAAAAUCGGAAAUGGUCCCUUAUGGAGAGAACGUGUAGAAGUAGAAAGAGAGAGAUGUAGAAAAAGUUGGUGGCUUAAUUUAUUAUUUAUUAACAAUUAUUUCAAUACAGAAAAUUAUUGUAUGUUCCAAUCUUGGUACAUGGCUUGCGAUAUGAACGCCUUUAUCUUAGUUCCAAUCCUUACUUUUAUACUCUUUAAAAAACCUGUAAUAGGAGUCCUAAGCACUGUCGCCCUAAUGAUAGCAUCGAUGGUAGUAACUUUCGUUACUAUUUAUACUAACGAUGAAACGCCAAUUUUAAUAAUAUAUAUGAGAAUGCUGUUACAUCCAUCGGAAGAUAGUACAUUUUUACGAAUUUACAUACCCGGUCACAUAAGAGCAAGCGCAUAUUUCGUUGGAGUCCUAGCUGGGUAUAUUAAGUAUCAAAUGGGUAUCCAAACCAUUAAAAUAAAGUCACGUCUGGUAAAAUUAUGUUGGAUAGUAUCUGUGUUACUAUUGUUUAUUUCGUUGCAUUUUGCAUUUAUUUUUUACGUUCAGAAAGUUCCUACCUGGGUUUCUGCAUUAUACGGUGCAUUGUUCCAUGUGGGCUGGAGUUUAGGUAUAGCAUGGAUAAUAAUUGCUGUUUCUUCUGGAUAUGGAGGUUGGGUUGAUCCAAUUCUUUCUUGGUCUCCGUUGAUUAUCCUUAGUAGACUCACUUACAGUAUUUACUUAUGUCAUGGUGUAAUUCAAAUAUAUUCAGCUGGUACACGAAGAAAACCUCCAUACGCCAGUACCUUUAACUCGGUGUAUGCGGCUACAGCUGAUGUAACGUUAGGCUACGCGUUGGCUUUUGUACUUACUUUGUUAUUUGAAGCUCCCAUUAUUGGCCUAGAAAAAAUUUUAUGGAACGCUACCUCGUCAAACACUAUUAGGAAAAAAGAGAAUAACCCAAACCAGAGCUCCUAAAUAUAUCUUUCAAACUAAAAUUAUAAUAAUUUAUUUGUGUUUGAAUGCAAGAACAACUGGUUUUAAAUAAAGAACAUAUU